AUGGAUACACGGUCGCUACCAAUUAACGCGAUCGGCGGUAUGAGCACCGAAUCGAAAGGCACAGUGCGAAUUACAAUACAGUCCAUAUACGACGGAUUCACGAAAGAUAUAAUCUGUCUAGCAAUACCAAUUAUCACGGACUCAAUUCCAUCCGAGACGUUUCCGCGCAAUUCGGUUAAAAUUCCCGCAAACAUUAGAUUGGCGGAUCCUGAGUUUCAUUUGCCGCGCCCCGUCGAUUUGCUAAUCGGUUCCGGGGCAACAUUAUCGCUAUUUGCGGUCGGCCAAAUCAAUCUAUCUCACGAUGGUCAUGACUUAUAUAUACAAAAGACGCGUUUAGGUUGGGUGGUCGCCGGAGGCGCGCCGUCGCAAAAUCCAUCAAAACUCGUAACAUGUCACCUCACCCAUUUAGAAAUUUUGAUGCGCAAAUUUUGGACAAUCGAAGAGGUCGCGUCAAAUACACCACAAUCAAACGAGGAAGCAGAUUGCGAGACGCAUUUCUCAAAAACGGUUUCGCGGGAUGGCGAAGAGAAUAAAUUAAAUACGAAUCCGAAUUUGAAGGCCGAAUAUAUACGAAUAAUGGACGAAUAUAUACAAAUAAAUCAUAUGUCUCAGAUUGAGGACGCCGACGAGAAUGGCUAUUAUAUGCCGCAUCACGCGAUAGUUAAAGAAACGAGUCAUACCACCAAA